AUGGAGGCCAUCGCUGAGAAGCACGCGGGCUUCAUCUCCCGCCUGACGAAGCUCCUCGAUCUCUUCGUCGCGAUGCGUUACAUAUCUCCAUCUGAUAUCAUUCGCCCACCUCACUCUUCCGAAACCGUCGCAACUUCAAUCUUCGAGAAGAUUGGCCUGGAUUCUGAGGUUAUCAACCUGAUUAGAUCAAUCCCUGCAAUGCGCAGCGAAAUCGUCGAAGGGUGGCAGUGGUUCGGCGUUGAAUUGAUCCCCCGCUCAAAAGCCGUAACGUACUUCGACAACCCCGGUAACCCAGAUUUCGUCGAGGAUUUGCGGUGGGGUGAAAGGUACCACGACGAGAAUACCAAGCUGCUGCCACCUCACAUGUUGAGGUUGACAAGUGGUGAUACCUAUAGCGGGCAUUACGGUACUGACUUGAUCUAUGACACUCAGGACAUUGGACCUGACCGCAACGAAUGGGAGAAAGCACCUAGACGACCAGCUGAGACUGUGCUUGAUGAGAUUAUUGCAAAGUUUCAAAGCCUGGAAUGGGUUCCGUACUAUGACCCCUCAGAGGAUGACGAUCCUUCCCAUCCACCCGCGCGCAAGGUCUUGGAAGAUCCUAUCAUUAUGCAGAACCUCUUCCCGGGAGGCAUUCGUCUUCCUACUGAGACGACCGCCGCGAUUCAGUAUAUGAGACAGCACCAUGGCUCAGAUGGUGCUGAUGGGUGGCGACGGAGAAUCAAUCGUUUCCGAGUCUGGCAAAAGAUCUACCAAGAUUGCGGAUGGAGUUCGGGGGCAUUUGACGGCGAAGCCUUCGAACUGAGGAGAGCAGAAUUCAUUGAAGCUUUAGAAGAGCUCGAUGAAUUGGAGUCGGAGGCACGCAAUCGCCCUUGGCGUAUUUCUGUCGGUGCACAGCAGAUAGUUGGAGAAGAUGCUCCCACAUUGGAGCAAGUCACUUCACGGCUUGAUCACUUCCUUGUGCAAGCUGCCGGAGAGCUCGCUGUUUGA